GUGUAUGUGUGUUUGUGUAUUCAUAUAUUUGUGAGUGUGUGUGUGAGUGUGUGUUUGAGGUACAAUAGAAAGAGCCAGGACUAAAAAGUCAGGAGAACCUUGUCCCCUUUCUGCUUUGCCUCAAACUCACUGCUUACUCUUGGGCAAGAUGCUUCUGAGUUUCACUUUUAUCCCGAGAAACCUCACAAGGGUGAUGUGUCCCCUCUGUGGUCCAUGUUGGAGACAGAAACAUGUGGAGAAUGGCAAACAUGUGUCACUGUUGGUGGGGAGGCCCAAAGAGCUGGGGUGGAGCACAGGGCCCGCGGAUUUCACUCCCCAGGUGCCUCACACACCCUACCCUGGUCCUGGCCCCGCCUCUACCUUCAGUUACACGCACCUUCUCUCUAAAGGAGGGAUGAGAUUUCAUUGGUGAAGGACUCCCUCAGUUUCUAUCAAGGAUGUAAGGGAGCCAAGGACAAAGAGACUGAGGGUCUACAGUUUGUAGAGACAGAAGCCCCUUUAAGAGGUAAAACCCUGCAUCCUUAUAAGAAUGUUGCUGAUCAGGUCUGGGUGAAGAUGUUCACUUGGUGGGUCACUCUCUUUCCCUGGGAAGUCCCCAGACUUACUGGGCUGGGCCAUGGGUUAGAGCUGACAGUACUGAGCCCACAGACCUGCAGCCACUCUGCCUCCCCCCACCAGCCCUGGGAUCUGGCCAGGACUGCUGUGGGUGGCCAGGUUACCAGAGAGCCAUAGCCCUCAAAGGAUACUGUAGUGAUGGGAAUGCUGGGUCUAUGGAGCGCCCCCACCCCUGCUCUCGUAGUUAGGCUUCCUUUCAACCCACAGCCUUCAUCUGGGGCCAAGCAUCUAACUGUGAAUGUCUCUGAGUCCCAGAAAAACAGUCGUGGGGCCCUGCAAUUCCCUCCCUAGAGGGAAAAGAUCUCAGGGUCAUUCAGUUCAGGCCCAGGGUUUCCACUUCCAGGGACACUGUGGCCAUCCUAGUCAGUGGCCGUGGAGAUGAGUACAGAGGUCCCCUGGCUCCCAGCAGGCCUGGGCUCCACACGGAGAGGAAGCCUAUGUGCUGCUGUCGUCUCCUCCUUGCCCAGCUCUUGCCUCCAUGAUCAUCACUGCCAGGCUCUCCUACAGAUCAUUCUGGCCCCAAGAGCCCCUCACCAGCCCCACCAGCACCUUCCUGCUCACACCCUCGCAGCACGUCGGGCACUGCUCCCAGGACAGUCUGUCGGGACGGAGGAAGGAGAAUACAAACUGAUUCUCCAGGAGAAUCUUGGAGCAGUGCUGUCUCUGGAUCCCACACAAGACGUGUCCGGAGGUUUGAGGGAGGAUGAACAGACUCCACAGAGGCUGAGGCUGAUCCUGGUAGGGAAAUCCGGAAGUGGGAAAAGUGCAACAGGAAAUAGCAUCCUUGGCCGGAAAGAAUUCGAGUCCAAACUCAGUGCUAGACCGGUGACCCAGGAGGUCCAGCGGGGGCGCCGAGCGUGGGCUGGGAGGGAGCUUGAGGUCAUCGACACUCCCGACAUUCUGUCCCCUGGCGCGGCGCCGCAAGUGGCCAAUCAGGGCAUCUGUGAAGCCAUUGCCUGCUCCUCCCCGGGGCCCCACGCGGUGCUCCUAGUGAUACAGCUGGGCUCGUUCACGGAGGAGGAUCAGAAUGUGGUCCUGCGCCUCCAGGAGGUCUUCGGGAAGGGCGUCAUGGCCCACACCAUCCUGGUGUUCACGCGGAAGGAAGAUCUGGACGGCGGCUCACUGGGAGAGUACCUGCGAGAGACCGACAACCGGAAACUUGCCAAGCUGGACUUGAAUUGUGAGCGGCGACACUGUGGCUUCAACAACAAGGCAGAGGGGGCAGAGCAGGAGGCCCAGCUAAAGGAGCUCAUGGUGGAAAUCGAUGCAGUCCUGUGGGAAAAUGGUGGCCAUUAUUACAGCAACAAGGCUUACCAUUACUCCCAGCAAAACAUUUAGGGCAAAGACCAGGAAAGGGAGGACAUUCAGGCGCCCGGCUUUGAGGAAGGGCUCAUUGAGGAGUCCCAGCUGUAAGCGCUGCACCAAAUCCAGAAGGACUCUGAGGAUGCUCACAGACAGCUCCUGGAGAAGACACCCAUCUGAGCAUGUGCUGGACUUCAGCGAGGGUUGGCUGCUUCCUGCUGGCCUCCCUCCAGCCCAGUCCGGCUUCCAGACCCUCUCUUGCUCUCCAUCCCAUGGGUCCCCGACCAUCCCAGACUCCAAGUCAGUGUCUGGUGUGGCGAGAGGGGUGUGGGCUCCACAGUUCCUGGGUCCUUCAUCACACCUUCCAGAACACGUGGGCCCUCUCCUCAACCCCCUUCCCCUCCAAUCUCACAUCUCAUUGGCGUUACAGCUCUGUACUAGAUCACUGAGAGAACCGAAGCUUCUGGAGGACAGGCUUGUGCCUCAUUUGUCUUCACAGCAUCCUGGCUGCUGGAGUCACUGGUUAAAUGUUGAGAUAGCAAAUCAAGGUGGGAUGUCGACCAGUCAAUUCUGCACCUCUUGGGCUGUGUCCUUGCCCCCAUUGGGGGCAGGCCUGAGGACUUUUAAGGUAUGCUGUGUGUGGUGGGUCAUAACAUAGCAGUGGCUUUGUGACAUGUGGGACAGGACAGGUGCUGGGCUAGGGAGGAGGAAGUAAGUAGAAACAGGGAAGUGGUAGAAGGAGCAGCCCUUUUAUUCACUCUGGAAAGAGGCCACCCAGUCUCAGCAAGCGAGCCCUGUGGGAGCCUCCUGGCAGGAUGCUGAGCAGAAGGGGGCAGACCUGAUCAAGAAAGUGGAGCCUAGGCCUGACUUCAGAACAUGGAGGCCCAGGGAGGUGCCAUGUGGCUUGGGCAGAGGAGAAGCACUUCCCUGAAGCAGACUUGGACUAGGUUAUACACCUGUCACUCCUGCCUCGUGAUGCUGGCCCUCUGAUGUUAGAGAACAGAGGUGAUUUUCAGCCCUGCCUCUGCCUUACCUGCAGCCCCUUCCCGUCUCCCUUGAGAGUGGGGAGAAAGAGUGGGUGGGAUGUGCCUGUAACUGGGUCCCACAGCAAGGCAUCUUGGGAUAUAGAAUGGAGGGAAGCAGAGAAAAAAAGGGAGGUUGUGGAGGAAGCAGGUGAAUGGUUUAAAAGUCCAAGGGAGCAGCCUACUGGGCUGAUGGGGAGAAGCCUGCAACACGUGGGUGUCUUUCUGGAGAGCUGAUGGUUCUGAGGAAGUGAAAUGGGACAGGAGAAGAGAGCAACACAUUGGUCUGGCUCUGGUCUCUGAUGGGUGCCAUCUGUCUGCACAGGGAGACUGAUGCAUUUCAGACACAUUUCAGUUUCUUUGAGGUUCAGGAUGCUCCUGGGGCAUCUGACCAAUAAUGGAAACAGAGUAGGAGAAAACAGGAGGGAAAUUGCCUCCCAAUAUACCCAUCUUUUCCUUCCUUCAAGCUGUGCAGCAGAGGGGUGGGAAGUGGAGGUGAGAGUGGCAGUGCUGGAGGACCAUCAGAAAUCAGAGGAUGCAGUCUCAGGUGUCCCAUAAUCUGGAUGCUCAUCAGCUGAUGGGAGAUUCUCUUUAAUCAAGCAGCCAAUCUGGAGACCACGGCAUCCAUGUUCUCCAGACACAGCGGACUCCUAAGAAAGCUUAAGCAUUUCUUAUGCUAAAAGAUUCAGAAAAGUGUCUCAAGGCAGAACAGAACUUAUUUUGGCUAUGCUAUCUUAAAUAGCCUCUGUGCCAGACCAUUCAUUUAUUAAGUAGGUGAUCCAUUUCCUGCUGAACUGCAACACAACAUUUAUCAUAUGUUAAAUUUUCAUAUUCCCUAAGAUCCAUGUCAGGAUUUUCAAUUCUGUUCUUGUCUUCCUAAUUUUCUACUCCUGUAUGAAUAAAAUAUUGAUUUGAUUACAGUGGCUUUGAUUAUAAUCUGACACACCAAUUCCCUCCUCAGUCAACAUGUUUAUAUUUCCUUUGUUAUUCUCAGGCAGUUAUUCUUCUAUGUGAAAAUUAAAGUCACUUGUUUAAUUUUCAAAAAA